AUGAAUGUUCACGACGUUACGAAUCAAUACGCUCAGCAGAUGAGAGAGCAUAAACGGACUUUGCUGAAUGCUCAAAAGAGCGCUGCCUAUGCAAAAUUCGCCCUUUACCUCAUUCUGGGAGUCCGCAAACCCAAGGAUGGGCAGCUCGAGACGCACCAUCGAGGCAUGUAUCUCCUCCUACGAUCCCUCACACCACCUCAGCGCAUGACCGGGGUUCAGGUACUGAUGGAAGACGAGGAAGACGAUGUCAUGCUACUACAGUUAUACCUGCAGGAAGAUGAGACUAUCCGUCCGGCCAUUGACGUGGUCACCGUUGGGACCAUCUUGUUGGUGAAAGAGCCUUAUUUCAAGGUCACAGCCAAUGGUCAGUGUGGGCCCCGUGUGGAUCAUCUCUCAGAUAUCAUCCAUAUCCAGAGGGACGAUACCAGAGUUCCCUACGCAUGGCGACUGCAACUCAUAGACCUAAAUCAGUCCGCCGAAACGUUGAAGCUUGAAGGAAAUUCGGCAAUGGCAGCCAAAGAAUACCGGGAUGUGAUUACCGAGUAUACGUACGCGCUCAGGCAGACGACCACGGAGAAUGAAAUCGAGAUAAUCAAACGCAAUAGAUCCCUUGCGUUCCUACGAACCAAACAAUUUGACGCCGCACUUGCCGACACGGGAUUCCCAAACUUCGGCCCGAAUCCUGCUGAGAAGGCACUGUUCCGCGCCUCCGAAGCCCUCUAUUUUCUCAAACGAUUCGCCGACUGUUGGGAUGUGCUCGAAUUGCUAUGCAAACCUUUCCAGGCACCAGCUUCAGGCGGAGGCUCGGAAUCUUCGCCCGCCGCACUUGGAUCACGCUACAUACAUCGUCCUGUGGAGGUUAAACAGACGGGGUCGAAGGGUCGUGGCCUGGUCACCACCAAAGCUGUGAAGGCAGGAGAUUUGCUGCUGUGCGAAAAGGCGUUCAGCCACGCGCACGUCAGUGACGAAAUUGGGAGCGCUGGAGGGAAUGCGAAGAUCUCACUGCUAAUCAACACCGAGAAUAACAAGGUGCUCUUGGGCGGACAGGCUGGUCUGAUCACAAUUAUCGCGCAAAAGCUCUAUAAUAACCCUUCCGUUGCCUCUGCAUUCAAUUCUCUGUAUCAUGGGUCUUAUAAGGGAGUGAGCGCAUCUGCAGUCGAUGGAGAGCCGAUAGUUCCUUAUCGAGAGAAUCGUGGCCUUGAAAAUGCCUUUGGCAGUCCAGUGUCCAGUCUGCUCUCCCAUCGUAAGAUGCUGACUGGAAAACCGAAAGCAGACAAGACUCACCACUCUUGUGGCAUUUGGAUCAUGGCGUCUUAUAUCAACCACAACUGUAUCUCCACGGCCCGUCGCACCUUCAUUGGCGAUAUGAUGAUCGUACGAGCCGCAUGUGACAUGGAACCUGGAACUGAGGUCACUUUCUGGUACCGGUCCCCUGAAUACAAGCUCACGAAUGGCUCAGGAGACAAAUUCAAGCAUUGGGGAUUCGUUUGCGACUGCGCCAUCUGCAAAGAUGCCCGGGAAACGGGAUUCGGCGCUGCUGAGGACAGGCGGAGGUUGUUGAGGAGUCUGAAGCAAAUUUUCAACUUGCCCGCGCUCCACGACGCCCAGAUUGUUAAAGUCGAGCGGCUGCUCAAAGCGUUCGAUGAUACAUAUACGCAUCCUGCAGAUCAGGUUCCUCGUCUUCCGCUCUGCGAUUCCCAUCUAGUUCUCGUAUGGGCCCACGCUUCGCGGAGAUAUUGGAUCAAGUGCUUGGGGUCAUUUGGGAAUGUGUUGACAUCGCUCGGCUUUGUUGCCGUUGGCGUCGACUCUUCUACCACCAGAUUUUCAAUUACCAAGUGGGGGCUGGUCAUUAAUACUUUGGUGGAGGUAUUCUUACACGCCCAGGCUGCAUUUACAGGCAUUGAAGCGAUGGAAGACGCGAAGCGGGCGGGGGAGUACGCUAAGGCCGCCUACAAGAUUAUCCUCGGUGAAAACACGACUUUCUACAAGACGUAUAAGACUGUCGAUGAGACCUUUCGGAACCUACGAAUGAGUCGCUGCGCAAAAGCCAGCAAGCGAAUCGCGCUGUUGGUUGGAAAGGUCCACGAAGUAGAGAAGAGACUCACUACCAAAUCAUUUGAGGUGGAAGAUCGUGCAAGAGCAGUCGAUCGCUAA